UCGACAUUUCACACAUCAUGUUUUACAGACAUAAAAAACAAAAACAAAAACACAAACACACAAAUACAUACACAUAUUUAUAUAUACAUAUAUAAAUGAAUACCUAAUGAAAAUGCAGUUUCCACUUAAAAUAUUACUUACAAUGGCUGGCGCACUCAUUGCAUUGAAUCUCUGACCGCCCGCAGAAUAGUUUGCCCAGCAGCUGGGCCAGAUCCGUUACUUUGCCCCUAACGGACGCCGUAAGGGACCCCAAGUCAUCCGAUGGCUUCACAGCUGUUACGACUGCUUUAGAGGCUGCCUCUUUACCCAUGGAUCACAUUCGGCGACCCAGAGAGUUGAUGUCGUGCCAAAUCGCUCUAGCCGAUGUCAACGUUUUGCAUAUGCCCUGCGACAUGGAUCUACCGAAUCUGCCCACAUAUAUCGAGACAUUGCCCAACCAAUGCAUUUGCGCCUACAACACGCGCUUCCAUUCCGAGCAGGAAUAUCGCAACUUUAAAAUCUUACAGCUCGAGAGUUUCUUCUUUGGCCAAUAUGCGGAGCGCAUCAAACGCUUCGAGCUGGAUCCCCAUCAAUUCGACUACAGAGUCUGAUCCGUGCACAAAUAAACAAUACAAAAACUAUUAAUCGUGGCUAGGCGCAUAAGAUCAUAAUGUGAUUUAAUGUUGAUUUACUGUAGAUCAGAAGUAGCUCAAAUUGCAAAGUCUUGUUUGCAGUGUAUCGAAAUUUUAUACACAUUAAAUAUAAUAAUAUAUGAUGUUUUUUUUAUUUAAA